GUGUCUCCUGCUAGUCCGAGUCUACUGCCAUUCCCCACGCCAGCGAGCUAGGGCGAGAUGAGUAGCCGCCGCCGCCGCCACGCCCGCUCGCCGGCGUCCGCGCCGCUGGACGACGACGACCUCCUCUGCGAGAUCCUGCUCCGCCUUCCCCCGCAGCCCUCCUCCCUCCCUGGCGCCUCCCUCGUCUGCAAGCGCUGGCGCUGCCUCGUCUCCGACCCCGGCUUCUUCCGCCGAUUCCGCCUCCGCCACCGCCGCAACCCUCCCCUCCUCGGCUUCUUCGACAGAUUUGAUAUCCUCUCCUUCCUGCCCACUCUGGAGGCCCCCAAUCGUGUUCCCUGCGAGCGCUUCUCCUUCCAGUGCCCCGACUUCGGCAGCUGCUCCAGCUCCCUUGGAUGCCGCGAUGGCCUCAUGCUCCUCUUCCUCCGUGAGCGUCUCCAGGUCCUGGUGUGGGACCCCGUCACCGGCGACCAGCACCGCAUUGCCAUUCCUGCAGCGUUCGAUGACAAGAAAACCCUGAUCGGCCUGAUCAAUGGGGCGGUUCUUCGUGCUGCCGAAGACGCCCGACACUUCCAGGUGGUCUUGGUAGUCGCAGAUGGCGACGACGAACAACAUAUACGGGCGCUUGCUUGUGUUUACUCGUCAAAGACUGGCUUAUGGGGAAAUCUGAUCUCAACACCGAUUCCAUACCAGCCUUCUGAUAGUUCAUUCCGUGUCCCUACCAUGGUUUAUACAGAUGAUGCUGUGCUGGCUGGAGGUUCCCUUUACUGGAAGCUUGCUGGGAAUAUGACUGGAAUUCUUGCAUUCGAUUUGGAGAAGCAGAGUCUAGCUGUGAUACGGGUGCCAGUGGAUAUGUAUGGCGAGGGAAAGUGCUUCAAGGUUAUGCGGGCCGAGGUUGGUGGGCUGGGUUUCCUUGUUGUUUCGGAAUCUGACUACACUGCCAAGUUAUGGAAGAGGAACACUGAUUGUGAUGGUGUCGCUUCGUGGGAGCUUGGAAGAACUAUUGAACUGGACAAGCUACUUCCCCUGAAAUCGGAGGAGAAAGAGCCCCUUGCAAUACUGGGAUUUGCUGAGCAGAAUAAUGUGAUGUUUCUGUGGACAGUUAUCGGCGUCUUGAUGAUCCAGCUUGAGUCAUUGGAGUUCAAGAAUCUUUAUAAAACCAUGAUCUUUUCUUACUAUCAUCCAUUUGAAAGUGUCUACAGUGCAGGAACAUGUGUUUCUGGUGGACACGACAGGGCUAAGCUAUUGGUCAAUACGUAAGAUGAUUGUCCGUUCGAUCUACUAAUUGAGCAGGUAUCUAGAGCUACAUUCUGGAUUUCUGGUAACUGAAAUGAAGAAAUGGGUUGUUGGCUGUAGGCAGGCUCUUGUAUUUUGUAUGUUGGACCUUCAGAUUGACUCUCUAUGUAGCAUGCACCGGUCUGUACUCUGCUGUGAAGUGCACCUGUAGGAAUUAAUUGCUUAAUUUGAUAACCUGCGUCGAUUAUCUAGUUUCUGUAUGCAUCAGUCAGCUGGCAUGAUGGCUGAAGGCACAUUGACUAUUUGCUUCGGUUAACGAGUACUUAGCCUGUGGUUUCUUUAAUUUGCCCUAUCUAUGCUUUUCAAGCAAGCACCUUGUGACAGGCU